AUGCGGGCCCUUCGAGAGCAAAGGGGGCGAGGGAUCAAGCGGCCGAAUGCACAUGCGAUGGAUUCCUCUUGGGUAACAGAUUCUGGAACUUCUUGGAUGGUGGAUAUGCAUUGUGGAACACGGCCGGGGCCUCUUGGCCUCCUAAAAAAAGCUUGUCGUGCAAGUCGUGUCAGUUGCAGCAGGGAGGCAACGAUGCAAACAAACUACCAUUACGAGUUCCUCACCAAGGGGCACCUGCAAGAGAAAAAAAAAAGAAUUUUGGUGGGUCUGCCUUCCCAUGGUGGAGAGUGUGAGAGGGUAGAGGGAUGA